CCCGUCUGAUCUUGGCAGCUACGCAGGGCCCAGCCUCCUCUCUGUGGAAGGAGCCAGAGGCUUCUGUUGCUGAGAUGCGUGGAGCCCCCCGGCCCCUGUUCCGCUGUGGCAGCGAGCACCAGCAGCACGCGUGGGAGAAAGCCUAUCGGGACCACAGGAAAAAGGUCCAGGACGCCCGGCCGCUGGUGGACACCUGCGCCCCGCCCACCUUCCUUCACCUCCACCUGAGACUCAAGAAGCUGAAGCUGGAGCAGGAGCGGCUCUGCGUCAUCGAGAGGGACAACCGCCUGCUGCUGGAGAAGGUGGCCCGUGUCAUGAGGACCCGGGGACAGACUGACAGCAGAAACGACUCCACGCGCAGGAGGAAGUGAAACCGAAAUUUAGCCAGGGCACCACCAAGCCUGGGCCCUGAAGGAGAAUUGGGGACGGUUCAGAACACGAACUGGGAAAGCAGAUGACGGAGCAAACCCAGAGGCCACCGAGGACCUCCCCCGACACCGACGCUGACCAGCGGCCCCCACUCUCUUCCUCGCUUUGCAGUUAUCACCCCAGAGCAGCUGUGCGGCGCCCCUGGUCUAACGCCGCGUGUUGGGACGAUGCUCUUGACCAGAUGAUGCAGCACAGCUAUUUUUUGUGCUGCUUAGGCUGAUAACUGAAAACAAAUUAUGCAGAGUAAUAUUCAGAGUUAGAGGA